AUGCACAUCCUGGCUCUAGCGGCCGUCGCUGUGCAAUCCACAUUGCAUUAUGCAUCUGCGACAGUAGGCGUUAUAGACAUCGACGACCUCCUGCAACCGGAUCUACAACAAGACGUCCUCGCUCCAAGUGAGGGUCAUCCUUAUGCACCGUGGUCUCACAAACCACACUGCAUGACUAGCACCUUCCUCCCUACCCUUGGCCAAAAGUACUGCGUCUACACAUCCAACACAACAGGCCCCCACGGCCUGUCGCUAGUCUUCCCUCCGUCUUCCGCCCACCUAGCAACAAAAUACCUCGAUGACAAUCCUCUCGAUAGUUUCCUAACACGAGAAGACGCUGAACGCCUCUACCUCCGCGGCCAACCAUGGAAAAUCGUCGACAUACCCGGGAAAGCUAAAGGUGUAGUGGCUACACGUAAGAUCAAAAUGUAUGAGACAUUCAUGGUGGACCAAGCAGCUGUUGUGGUAGAUAUGGAAGCUGAGAAUGCUUUGAGUGAAGUUGAAAACAAAAGGUUGUUGAAGAUGGCGGUGGACCAGUUGCUCGUGCCAGGGAUGAUCAGGGAUAUGAGUAAUGCACACGCCGGAAACGGAGAUGACACUGAUAAGAGUAAAGAAGACGAUGAUGAGGAAGGAAAGUUGGAAGAGGGCAUUAUGAAGACGAACGCUUUCGGGAGUACUGUGGCUGAGGUCAGCUCGAGGGCGUUAUAUCCGCUCAUCUCGCGCAUAAACCAUGCCUGCAACCCAAACUCCUUCGUUCUGUUCUCCCGCGCCGGCGUCUCGAUGGCCAUAAAGGCCUACCGUGACAUCAAACCUGGCGAAGAAAUCACAGUCUCAUAUCUUCUCUUAGGCAUUCCCUUCCAGAAACGCCAAGCUUUAAUAAAACGCUGGGGCUUCAAAUGCACAUGCGACCUAUGCAGUCUCUCAUCCGACGAACGCCAAGCCUCAGACCUACGCCGCACAAUGAUCGCGCAAGCGGAGGAGAAGAUCAUGGAACUAGCACAAGACUAUAAACUCGAUGAAGCGAUAUCAUUAGCUGAGGAAUCUGUCGAGAUGAUCAAGGAAGAGGGGAUUUGGUCCAUGUUGACGGAUGAGUACGCCAUGUUGGCUAUGCUCUGGUUGGAAAAGGGGGACAGAGAGAAAGCGGAGGUAUAUGGUGAGAAGACGCAUAGGCUUUUGGCGGAUCUAGGGUUCUUAGGUAUCGGAGAGGAGAGGGAGACGUGGAAGUUGGAGACGUUGUUGAAGAAUAUCGGAGGUCUAGGAGGUAUGGGACAGGGAUGGAAGAAGGGGCCUUUGAGAGGUUGA